AUGAACCGUCUUCAUAUCCAUGCUACGGACUCCCAGUCUUGGCCGUUGGACAUCCCCUCCAUGCCUGAACUGGCUGCCAAGGGCGCCUACCAUCCCAGUCUGAUAUUGACAUCUUCCAAGCUGUCUGAUAUCCAAAUGUAUGGCCUUGAACGGGGUGUUUCAGUAUUCCUCGAAAUCGAUAUGCCAGGCCACACGGGCUCCAUUGGAUAUGCGUUUCCCGAGCUAGUUUCCGCAUUCCUCGCUAACGAGUGGGAGAAGUAUGCACUCCAACCUCCCAGCGGGCAAAUCAAGUUAAAUUCGUCAGACGUGGAUAAAUUCCUUGACGAGUUGAUGGCAGACCUGCUUCCUCGAGUCUCGCCAUUUACCCGCUACUUCCAUACGGGGGGCGAUGAAUUCAAUCUUAACACAUAUCUUCUCGAAGAGGCAAUCGGAUCCAGCAAGGAAGAAGUCCUCCGUCCUUUACUUCAAGCUGUCGUCACUCGGCUUCACACCGCCAUCCGCAAAGCAGGACUCACCCCUAUUGUCUGGGAAGAGCUCGUGGCAGACUGGGACCUAUCACUCUCCCCCUCCCCAACUGAGAAAACCGAAAUAAUCGUGCAAGCAUGGCGCAACUCUACUGCUGUUAAAUAUCUAUUAGACCGAGGAUACCGCACGAUCUUCGGCUCCGGUGACGCCUGGUACCUCGAUUGCGGGCAAGGCACCUACGUAAACCCUAAACGCAGCUCGACCGCAAUCAAAGAACCCUUCCUCGACUGGUGUAGCCCGAAGAAAAACUGGAAGCACAUGUACAUGUACAAUCCGCUGGAAGGGAUUUCAGAGGAUCUGCACCAUCUGCUUGAAGGCGGCGAGACGCACAUGUGGUCGGAGAAUGUUGACCCGGUUGCCCUGGACAUGAUGGUCUGGCCACGGGCAGCUGCGGCAGCUGAGGUACUCUGGAGUGGACCGCGGACCGCGAAUCAGAUUCAGGAUGCUUCGUAUCGCUUGAGUGAAUGGCGUGAGCGAGCUGUGGUCGAUUUGGGUGUUGGGGCGAGCUUGGCGCAGAUGACGUAUUGUCUCAUGAGGGAGGGCAGCUGCGAGUUGUAA